AUAUAUGACUUGAUAAGGUAGCAAAAUGAUAAUAUAUCGGUGGCCUACCUAUAUCAGAAAGUAAUAAAGAUUAAUAGUGCACCUCACCUACAACUGACUAUUGAAUAAUUCCAUAGUAUUCCGCUCAAUAGCGUACAGCCGAACCCGUAACUUCGCUAUUUUCAAUAAAUCGUGUUAAAUUGGUUGUCGCAUUGUAUGUGAUACAAGUUAACUACAGUUCUCAAAACGUUUUCACUUUCAUUUCAUUGCAUCUAUUAUUGUUAUUAUUAUUGUACAAUUGUUCACCUUGAAUCGUCGUUAAGAAUCCAAAGUUUAUAGGAUUUAGUAAAAUGGAAGUCUGCCCCGACGAAAAUGCAAGCAGUACGGUUGCCAGUGAAGAUUUAUCAUGGGCCUUACAGAUCGGUGAUCUUGACACGGUUAAGGAACAAUUACAAAGACUUGCCAGAAAAAAUGGGGGUUGGGAUAUAAACAAUGUUUCAAAUGGGAGAACAAUGUUACAUAAAGCAUGUGAUUAUGGUCAUUUAGAUAUUGUUGAAUAUUUAAUUCAAAAUGGUGCUGAUAUAAAUAAGAAAGAUAAUUUUGGUAUUACUCCAUUACUAUGUGCUCUGUGGGAAAAUCAUCUUAGAGUAGCCAAAUAUUUAAUUGAUAAAGGUGCAACAACAACUUUAUUAACUCCACAAGGAUUAAAGUAUUAUGAAUGUAUUGAAGAUUCUGAAAUGAUAAAUUUGUUGAAACGACUUGAAACUCAGUAGUUAUUUUUUACCUCAAUUCAACAUCUAAUGCAUAAUUUAUUAAAAUAUAUACAUACCUUUUUAAUGUUAUUCACCUAUUAUUGAGAAAAAAAAACAAUAAA